UUCUCUUAACCGUAGCAACGUAUCAUCGAUUUGCAAGCUGUCAAUUUCUUAUUCAUUGCUGUUUUUCUGCCGCAUCACUCUUAAGUUGGAUUUCAUAGACCGAUCAUCAUCAUGGUUUUACGAGUUUGUGUGAUUGGUUGUGGAGCGGCGGGGCUAGCUGCAGUGCGACACCUGUCGGCAAGACCAGAAACAUUCCAAGGUGUUGGGUUCGAAAUUGGCCCGGAUGUUGGCGGUACAUGGCGAUACACGGAUAGCAUUGGGGUUGAUGAAAAUGGCUUACCAAUACAUUCAAGCAUGUACAAAAACCUUAGAACUAACAUCCCUAAAGAGGUAAUGGGAUUUCCUGGUUUCCCACUUCCGGAUGAACUUCCUUCGUUUUGCGAUCAUCAAGAUGUCUUAAAAUACCUACAAGAUUACGCCGACCACUAUGAGAUUCGCAAAUAUUUCAAGUUCAAUACCAAGGUUGACAGUGUCACACCACUUUCUUUAGAAAAUAAGACAAGAUGGAAGGUUGAAUACUCUUCAGUUAGCUCGGCGGCAGUAAAACCUGAGACCGGAAGUGAAGAUUUUGAUGCCGUAAUUGUAUGCAAUGGUCAUUACUCUGUACCUUUGCUUCCCAAACUGGAAGGCUUGGAAGAGUUUCGCGGAACAAUUAUCCACAGUCAUGAUUACCGGGAGCCAGAGCAGUUCAAAGAUAAAAUUGUCGUCUGCCUAGGUGGAGCAGCUUCCGGUCAAGACAUUUGCCUAGAUAUUGCCCCAGUGGCUAAAAAGAUAUUAUUGAGUCAUGACAGACCAAGGAUAGCUUCGCCUCUGCCAGAAAACAUGUUUCAACGACAAGGAAUCGCUCGUCUUACACCUUAUAAUGUUGUUUACAAAGACGGUCUCGAGGAAGAAGCAGACGUACUGUUAUUUUGUACCGGAUAUCGAUACAAUUUCCCUUUUUUGACAGAAGAAUGUCAACUGAAAAUAAUCGAAGAGAGAAUUACCCCGUUAUACAAACAUAUCAUACAUACAAAGUUUCAUACUUUGUCUUUUAUUGGCAUGUGUAAAAUCAUAUGCCCGUUUCCACAAUUCGAUAACCAAGUGAAGUUUGUGCUGUCUUCUCUUGACGGGACGCAGAAAUUACCAAGUGCCGAAGACAUGGACCAGGACACGGCGUUAGACUACCAAAAGCGGCUGAAGGAGGGACUUCCACAUAGAUACGCCCACUUCAUGGGACCACGUCAGUGGAAGUACAAUGACGAAUUAGCAAGACUGGCAGGGUUCGAACCUAUACCUAAAGCAAUACAAAUGCUGUAUGAUGAGGUUCACAGGUCACGUGUCAAAGAUUUACCAAAUUACAAAUCAAAACAAUACCGUAUAACAGGUGAUGAAAGCUUUGAAGUAGUGGAAGCAUAA